AGCAUCCCCUCUCCUUGCUUUUCUAUUCAUGUUUUCAGUUUUCUCGAUUCCCGCCGCCGGUAACAUCUCUCUCCUCUCGACCGCCGCCGCCACCGCCGCCCUCCUUUCGCUUUCUCGCUCACCGCCGGCGGCGGAUCCAGCCCUUCGAUUCGGCUGAAAGUCGAUUUAUUCAAUACUGAAAGUCGAGAACGGUUCAGGAAAAAACCGAAGAGCCAACCGAAAGUAUAUAAAUAAAAUUGAAAUAGUCCCGUCUUUUUCAGCCCAAAAACCCUUAUUUCUUGUUUGCUGGCCCAAAAACCCUUACCUCCGACUACCGCCAUGCCGCACCUGUGGGCUUACUCCUCACUCCCGCGAGRGCCGUCGACAUCUCCCCUCUGAAAUGUCUGACAUCCACUAAAAGAGGGGGAAAUUACAGGAGAGAAAAAAAAAGAUUUAGAACGUUAAAAGAUCGCUGCAGCUUGUGUUGGAUUAGUAAACUACAGAUCGUUGGCCACAAGGAUCAUCGCCAUGGCAAACAGACGGUGUUUACAAGUACUAACUCGUCAUGCCUCAGCCAUUAUUUCCACAAAGCCAUUUGUCCACUCGUUGAAAAUCUCGCCCUCCAUCCUCUCCCAGAAUUUCCGAACUCAUGCUUCUAUAUCAACCUAUCUUUUUACUAAACUUGAUCCUUCUUUGUGUUUCCACUGGUCACAUCCCCGAAAUCUCUCAUCUGAUAGUCGUGAUGGCAAUGAAGAUGAUGAUACUGAAGAAGAUGAAGAUGAAGAAGCAUAUGAUAGUGGUGAGGAUGAUGAUAUUUCGGUGUCAAGUAGGGGUGUGCAAAAGGAGUAUUCAAAGGAGGAGAAGGAGGCAGAAGCAGCUGCUAUUGGAUAUAAAGUAAUAGGGCCACUUGAUCAGUCUGAUGGGGUUUUCAAGCCUUAUGAGCCUGUUUUUGCUGUUGUUCAGAUUGGUUCACACCAAUUCAAGGUUAGCAAUGGAGAUAGUAUUUUUACUGAGAGAUUAAAAUUCUGCGAUGUGAAUGAUAAGUUGAUAUUGAAUAAGGUUCUCUUGCUUGGCUCAAGUAGCCAAACAAUUGUAGGUAGGCCAACAAUAUCAGAUGCAGUUGUUCAAGCAGUUAUUGAGGAACAUGCAUUAGAUGCAAAAGUAAUCAUCUUCAAGAAAAAGAGGAGGAAGAACUACCGCAGAACCAAAGGCCAUCGCCAGGAAUUAACAAAGUUGAGGAUCAUCGAUAUCCAAGGUAUUGACAAACCAGAAAACAUUGGAAAGCCUUCAAAAGCAGCUGUUAAGAAGCAAGAAAAAGUUGCAGUAGCUGAGUAGUAGAUGGUUCCAUGAAUCUAACUAGCUGGAACUGCUCAGUGGGCGUAACUUUCUGGUGCUUUAUGAUGCGAUGAGUUGAUUCUAAUUCCUUGGAAGUGUGUUUUUUUCUUCCAACGAGGCAUGUUUUGUAGGAAAGCAACUACUCUAAGAUUCCCUUUCCUUUUCUUCCUAUUUUCCCUAUAGUUUUCCCCAAAAAUAUAUUUUUCUUAUGAGAGUUCUCCCCAAAAAUCUCAUGUCUUCUAUUUAAAUAAUUUGAGUUUGCUCACAAAAAUUGUUGUCAUAACUCUUUAUGGUAGAUCCUGAAUUUCUUGUAUUGGGAUUUGGUAUUUUCCUAUUUGAUGGAACCAUGCAGGAUCUUACAUUCUUUGCA